AUGAUAAUCCGGCAAAGAUUCGCCUUUCUACUCUGCUUUGCACUGCUUGGGUUCUUCAGAAUUGCAAAUGCGAGUACUGGUGACCGAUUGCCUGAAUUUAAACAAUGUGUUGAGGUCUGCCAACGAGAGAAUUGUGACAAUGGAGUUGGAAGUGCUACAAAGAUUCCACUCCUCCAUCGACUCCUCUUCUGGACUUGCCCCGCGGAAUGCGAUUAUACUUGCCAACAUAUAAUCACCAACCAACGCGUCGAAUCUUCCCAACCUAUCGUUCAAUUCCACGGCAAAUGGCCCUUUUAUCGUUUUCUCGGCAUGCAAGAACCCUUCUCUGUCUUCUUUUCCCUCCUUAAUUUCCUCGCGCAUCAAAAUGGACUUGCGAAAGUCACUGCUCAGAUUCCUGAAAGUUAUAGUAUGCGAAAAUACUAUGUUAUGCUAUCAUAUGCAGGAAUGAUGAGUUGGGUCGCCAGUAUGAUAUUUCAUACAAGGGAUUUUACUUUUACAGAACAAUUGGAUUAUUUUGCCGCCGGAGGGAGUGUCUUGUAUGGCAUGUAUUAUACGCCAAUUCGAGUCUUUCGUAUGGAUCGUGGUGGAAAACGUACGUCCUCUGUAUUACGCGCAUGGACUCUUCUUUGCAUACUUUUCUAUAUAGCACAUGUGGUAUAUCUGAAGUGGUGGGAUUGGGACUAUACAUAUAACAUGGCCGCGAACGUUAUCGUUGGGGUUUUACAAAAUUCACUGUGGAGUUGGUUCUCGUUCGAAAAAUAUAGGAAGAGUAAGAGGGCGUGGACAGCAUUGCCUGGAUUGGUAGUUGCGUGGAUUUUCUUGGCGAUGAGUUUGGAAUUGGUGGAUUUUCCACCUUGGUGGGGAUGUUUGGAUGCGCAUAGCUUAUGGCAUUUGGGGACGGUGGCUCCAACUAUGAUCUUCUAUAGUUUCUUGAUCAAGGAUGCGCAAGAUGACAUUGCUGGACAGAGAUUAAAGGCUUAG